AAGUGUACGCCGGUGAGCGGUUUACACUCAGUUCUGAACGAGACAAGCUACUGAGUGGAUAACUCACUGACUAGGAGAAGCCUCUGAGGAGCAAACUUAGAACUAACUGGACUAUUUUGUGCAUCUUCCUCUCAAGGAUCCCAAGCAAGCAAAACCUGCAAACAUGCCCGUUUCAAGAAUGAGGAUGCGGCCAUGGCUGGAGAAAAUGAUUGAAUCCAAGUCGAUCACGGGUCUGACCUGGGUUGACAAGGACAAGACCAUGUUCUCUAUUCCCUGGAAGCAUGCAGCCCGGCAUGGCUGGGAAAUGGACAAGGACGCAUGCCUUUUCAAGAAGUGGGCCAUUCACACAGGUAAAUAUGUUGAGGGUCAGACCACUGACCCAAAGACAUGGAAAGCCAAUUUCCGCUGUGCAAUGAACUCACUGCCUGACAUUGAGGAGGUGAAAGACAGGAGCAUUAACAAAGGCCACCAAGCUGUGCGUGUCUUCAGGAUGUUGCCUGCCACACCUAAAUCGAGAGAUAAGAGAAGCAAAGCUAAGGAAACAAAGCACAGGAAGAAGAGCUCAGAAAUAAAGACAGAGGAUGAGGACUCUGAUGAAAGCCAAUCCUAUGUGUCACAAAGGACCACGUCCACACAGGAGAAUACAGUCGACAGCACAGUGCACACAGAGCAGCAAGACGCUGCCUCUGCAUCUCCAUUUGAAGCUCCAGACUACGCCCACUCAGUUGACAUUGAGAGUGAUCCCUUUCCAAGCAGCUUCACCCACAAAUUUGAAGUUUCCCCUGAUCAUGACAUGGAUUACGACAUUACCGACGACAUUAUUGAGAUUUGCCAACAACUGGAGAGAGAUUCACACUGGAGUUAUGACAGCAGGGGGUUCCUGGACAAUGAAGCAUGCACCAGUCCUGGGAGCCAGUGGAGUGAGUCAUCUUCAGCGGACGAACUAGAAGAAAUACCACAAUACACAACGCUGAACUCAACGCUCACAAAUACUGCAGACGACUUCUGGAGCACCUUUUGCCAUCAGAUCCCCCCCUUAAUCUGAGGGAUUCAGGACGGGGACAGGGAUGGUGCUUUGUCACUUUGGACUUUUACAGAGCUCGUCCUCUCCUAUCAAAUCUCUUCAGCUCACACAGCCAUACCCCCAGUCUGUGAUGGGUGGUGUCCACAUUUUAAGCUAAAACACCACCCUCCUCAUCACCGUUCGCCAUGUGUUUGAUGCCUGGCGGCAAUUUAGAGUGCUUUCCUCAUCUCCCUCAGUCUUCUUGUGAAGUUAAGAAGAGAAGUUAUGAAUGCACUGCUAUGUAAGAACUUAACUGUUGGUAUCAUUCGUUUUGGCUGGUUCAAGGCAUUGUGGUGCUCAGUUUUUUUCUUGUGACAGUUAGAUAAAGUAGCACAGAGGUCUGUUAAACCCCGGCAGGGCAUGUAUGUGGUUUGACUAAAAGCCAGUACAAAUAAGGUAGCUAAAGGUUACCUGAAUGCAUAGACGGGAUCAUAUUCAGUAGGCUUGGUUUUAUAGUUUGUAAAAUAUCACAUAAUUGUUUCAUAUUAUCUGUUUAUCCGUUACAUCAAAAUACAACUAAGAACAUCUUAACAACUGGUGAAAGUGCGACUUCAAUCUUCCUGCUUAUUUGUGUUGCUGAAAGCAAUUGUAAAUCAGAUCUGUAAAUAGUUGUUUAUGUUUUUAUAAAAUAAUAAAAAAACUCAAUGUGAA